AGCAGCAGCUCCACAAUGGCCUCGUCAACGAUUCGCUCAAUCACCAGCGUCAAGCCGCUCCUGGACCGAGUCCUUCUCCAGCGCUUCAAGCCGGAGACCAAGACGUCUUCGGGCCUCUUCCUCCCCUCAUCAGCCACCUCGUCGCCCCUCCCCGAGGCUAGCGUCAUUGCGACUGGCCCUGGCGCCCCGAACAAGGACGGUGUCAUCCAGCCUCUCUCGGUCAAGACCGGUGACAAGGUUCUGCUCCCCAGCUGGGGCGGUCAGAGCAUCAAGGUCGGAGAUGAGGAGUACCUCCUCGUCAAGGACAGCGAGAUCCUGGCAAAGAUCAACGAGAGCGCUUAAGUCUGCCUCGUCUCUUCUUGCCCUCUCCUCAUUGUCACCCUUGAACUCCUAGCAUAUGUUUAUCCGUUGAUCAGAUGGGAUCUCAGCGACGUUGUCGCACGAAGCGUGUGGUCGCAAUGGCCAUCAGCGACGACGAUGGUCGCCAUUCACUGUAAUGCAAGC